AUGAAGUUCAGCCAUUCGAUAAUCCUCGCCUUCCUGGCAGCCACAGCUUCGGCGUACCCCAUUCAUGAAGGGAAAGCCGUCAAGAAAGAUGCUAAUGUCGAUGCGGCUGAUGUUCACAACACUGGCAUCAAGCGUUCUCCUGUAGACCAAUCUGCCGAGGGACAGCCUCAGCCUUACCAAGCUCAUCAAGAGGCUCCUCCUCCGGCUCAGCCUGUCGCACCACCGCCUACCUCUGAGUACGGGAAACCACCCGAGAAACCCGCAGCACCACCUCCUGAGAAGCCCGCCACGCCUCCUCCCGAGAAGCCUGUCGCCCCACCGCCUGAGAAGCCUGCAACACCACCACCUAUCUCUGAGUACGGCAAACCACCUGAGAAGCCAGCCACGCCGCCUCCUGAGAAGCCCGCCACGCCUCCUCCUGAGAAGCCUGUCGCCCCACCGCCGGAGAAGCCUGUCGCCCCACCGUCUGGGAAACCUGCAACACCACCACCAGUCCAUCCACCUGUUGCGGAAUACCAUGCUACACCUCAGGCGCCGCCAAAGCCAGAGAAGCAGCCCCCACACGAGGAGCCCAAAGCACCUGUACCAAAGCAGCCUGAGGCACCUGUACCAAAGCAGCCUGAGGCACCUCAUGCUCAGCCACCAACAUAUGCUCCUCCGCCGCCUAGUAGCUAUGGUUCAUCUCCUGCUCCUGGUGGGGAUCAUGCCUCUGCUCCGUCGGCAAAUAUGCAGCAGCAGCAACAGCAGCAACAAUCAGGGUCUGUUCCGGCGAACUCCAACCAUGCAGCUCCAGCCUCUCUCCAGCAGCAGCAACAACAGUCGGGACAGAAUGGUGGCAAGGGCGAUGAGGAAAAUGAAGACGAGGACGAAGACGAGGAGGACGAAGACGAUGAGGACGAGGAUGAGGACGAGGACGAGGCCGAAGAAGAAGGAAAAGGAAAGGGAGGAGCCCCGCCAAUGGCUGGAAGCUCUUCGAACCAGCAAUCUGAUUUGCACCACCAGGCCUCUCAGCAUCCUCCUCCUUCUAACGGAGCUGGCGGUGCUGCUUCGGAUCCACAUGGCGGGCACUAG